UUGCUAACUUUAGAGUGCGCUAAACUGUUUGUGGUCCUUCUAAGAGUCGGAGGAUAUUUUUUAAUUUCGUAGUGUGAGCUACAUUUUGCGCUGUUGCCGGUGUGUAGCCGAUUGUAGCGUCUCGCUCGCACAAUCCACACUCCCCGCAGAGGUGGAGCACAUUGGCAGUGGCAUGGGGAAGUAUAUUGGCCUCAAACCAAACAACAGUCGAAAAAGACGCUCCUUAGUCCUUGUGUAUAUCAGACACCGUCUUCAAGGUUAUACUAGUCCCGUUUGCGAUGUGCUAGGCCUACAAAGUCCACGGUAAAGGAGAGAGCGAUGUAAAGGAAGCCAAGCAGGAAACGCACACUGCAGAUGAGCCAGUUAUCUGUUCGAGUGAUCAUGGAAUCCUCAUUUGGUGAUCCUGAAAGUAACCCACGGAGUGGGGAUGACAUGCAUGGAUAUGGGGAGGACAGACAUGAUGAACACGAUCACCAUGGUGAUGAAGAAAAGAUACAGCAGAACGAAUAUAAGAGGGCGCUGCGACCAAGACUGACCAAAGUAUCAGCAGCAGACAUUACUGAAUCAAAAUCCAAGAGUAGAGAGAGAAAGAAGUGCCCAAUGUGCGAUUCUUUUGUGGUUCAUGUGCCUCGUCAUCUGAGGCAAACACACAAGUUCAACGGAGCAGAAGUUGCCGCCUUGUACAAGCCAAUAAGAAAUGGUAAACCCAGACUGCCCAAUGGCCCAAAAUUCAAAGAUUACCAUCGUAGAAGAGUUUGUCCUGUGGGAAAUUGUGAGCGAAUAGUAAAACGGUUAUCACAACACCUUCGAAAAAUUCAUAAAAUGGAUACAGAGAGCAUGGAAUACCAGAUGUUGUGCAUGGCUAGAACUAAAGGAAAAGGCCGGCUCGACAAUAUGGACAGUGAUGUGUCACAAAUUAUAACAUCUGACAUUAAUGUUAAUCAAUCAAGUGCUUUGCGAAAUGCAGAAAAACCUGAGGUUAAAGAGGAUAAAUAUGAAGAACAUGAUCGAUGGGAUGAUGAUGAUGAUGGCGAUGAUGAUGAUCUGGAGCAGAACGAAGAUGAGAAAGCACAGCAACCAAGACUGCUUACAGCUCCAGACAUGGCAGCAGCAGACAUUAGUACAAGUGCUUUGCAAAAUGUAGAACAACCAGAAUAUGAGGAGGAUGAAUAUGAAGAAUAUGAUGAACAGGGUGAUGAGGAAGACAUGCAGCAGAAUGAAGAUGAGAGAGCACAGCAACAAAGACUGGUCAGAGCUCCAGAUGUAUCAGCAGCAGACAUUACUAUGCGGAAGUUUGACAAAAUGGACAGUGAUAUGUCACAUGUGAUAACAUCAGACAUGACUGACCAUGAGACAAGUGCUGCAAUACUUGAACAUGAAGAGAGGAAUAUGAGAAAUGAAAAUGAAGAGCAUGAUCAGCAUAAUGCUGAUGACAAUGAUGAUGAUGAUGAUGAUGACGACGAUGAUCUAGAGCAGAACAAAGAUGAGAAAGCACAACCACCCAGACUUCUCACAGCUCCAGACAUGGCAGCAGCAGACAUAACUGAAUCAAAAUGGAGUGGAGAUGACUUGCUUGAAACCAAGGAGGAAUAUGAAUAUGAAUACGAAUAUCCGGAGGACGAAUAUGAAGAACAUGGUGAUGAAGAAAAGAUGCAGCAGAACGAAGAUAAGAGGGCGCUGCGACCAAGACUGCUUACAACCCCGGAAGUAUCGGCAGCAGACAUUACUGAAUCGAAAUCCAAGAGUAGAGAGAGAAAAAAGUGCCCCAUGUGCGAUGCUUUUGUGGUUCAUGUGCCUCGCCACCUGAGGCAAACACACAAGCUCACAAGGAAAGAAAUUGCUGCCAUAUACAGACCAAAACCCAGACUGGCCAGUGGACCAAAAUUCAAAGAUUACCAUCGUAUGAGAGUCUGUCCAGUGAAAAAUUGUGAUAGAACAAUUAAACAGUUAUCACAACACCUUAAAAAAAUUCACAAAAUGGAUGCAGACAGCACAGAAUACAAGAUGCUCUUAUGCAAUGCUAGAACUAAAGGUGAAGGCCAGAACAUGUUUCAAGACUUUGAAAAAUGGAUAUGCUGUGCUGAAGGUGGCCCAAAAAUGACUAAAAGUGCAAGACAGCAUAGUCGCCAAAUAGGUGCAAUACUAAAAGCUCUGGGUCCAAAACAAAAUGUGCAGUGCCUUUUUGACACAAAACGACUACAAUCGGUCUUCCUAGACCAACAUGUUAAGCAGAAGAAGUUUCUUCCGGGAACAGUACGUUCCUAUUUAUACAGUCUCCGCCACUGGUAUUUUUACCAGUUGAGUCUGGAUGGCACAGAGGAAGUCAAUGCUAGACAUGGUAUUGAGGCAGUAGGGAGAUGGAUCAAAUCUUUUCAAAAAGAAAACCCUAUGCGAACACUUGACAAUAUGGACAGUGAUAUGUCACAUGCGAUAACAUCUGACAUGACUGACCGUGAGACGAGUGCUGCUCAAAUUGAAGCAGAACCACUUGAAUAUGAGGAGAAUGAAAAUGAGGAACAUGAUCAGCUUGAAGAUGAUGACGAUGACGACGAAGACUAUGAUGAUGAUUUGGAGAAAACACAGCCACCAUGGUUGCCUACAGCUCCAGAUAUAAUAACAGCAGACAUUACAAAAUGUAAGAGUAGAGAGAGAAAGGAGUGCCCAAUGUGCGAUUCUUUUGUGGUGCAUGUGCCUCGUCACCUUAGGAAAACACACAAGCUGUCCAGAAAAGAAAUUGCAACCAUAUACAGACCAAUAAGAAACGGUAAACCUAGACUGGCCAAUGGCCCAAAAUUCAAAGAUUACCAUCGUAGAAGAAGCUGUCCUGUGGAAAAUUGUGAGAGGAUAGUAAAACGGUUAUCACAACACCUUCGAAAAAUUCAUAAAAUGGACGUACAUAGCACAGAGUACAAGUUGUUAUGCAAGGCUAGAAUUAAAGGCAACAGCCGGCUUGACAAUAUGGACAGUGAUCUGUCACAUAUGAUAACAUCUGACAAUAAUGAUUAUGAGACAAGUGCUGUGCAAAAUAAAGAACCUGAAUAUGAGGAGGAUGAAUGUGAAAAACAUGAUCAACAGGGUGAUGAUGAUGAUGAUGAUGAUGAUGAUAAUGACGAUGAUCUGGAGCAGAACGAAGAUGAGCAAGCACAGCAACCAAGACUGCUUACAGCUCCAGACAUGGCAGCAGCAGACAUUACUGAAUCAAAAUCCAAGAGUAGAGAGCGAAAGAAGUGCCCAUUGUGCGAUUCUUUUGUGGUCCAUGUGCCUCGUCACCUGAGGCAAACACACAAGCUCACCGGAGCAGAAGUUGCCACCAUAUACAGGCCAAUACAAAACAGUAAACCCAGACUAAAUAAUGGCCCAAAAUUCAAAGAUCACCAUCAUAGAAGAGUCUGUCCUGUGGAAAAUUGCCAGAGUACAAUUAAACAGUUAUCACAUCACCUUAAAAAUGUCCAUAAAAUGGAUGUACACGGCACAGAAUACAAGAUGUUGUUAUGCAAUGCUAGAACUAAAAGAACCGGCCAGAAUAUGUUCGAACAAGAUUUCGAGAAAUGGCUGAACAGUGCAGAUGACUUCGUUAAAAUACUAAAAGUGCAAGGCAGCAUGGAAACCAAUUGGGACCAAAACAGAACAAGGACAGAUUCUGAUCAGGAGAUGGCGAGCUCAGCCCAAUCCGUCUGAAGACUGAGGAUGGGGAAGAAAGGGCCAGACAUGCAGAGGGUGGACAGACAUUGUGUGCAUCCCAAUAUGCGACCUUGCCUCCUCCACUUGCCUCCUCCACUUGCUUCUCGUCAUGAUGACAUCACUGACAACAGCAUUAUAUUUCAAUAUCUUGCAAAAGCUCAAUUGUAAAGUCUUUUUCUCAUUUGCAAUUGGGAUGGUGAAUGAAAAACAGUCCCUCAAAAGUUGUUGUGGCGAGGCUGACAGUUGGGAAACUUUAUCGUUUUCUCCACGGAGGAGGGGCCAGGAGGCGGGACGAGGAGACAAGCACAAGUGGAGGAGGCAAGGUCACAUAUUGGGAUGCACCCAUUCACUCUGGCUCUCAAGCAAUUGUUGGAUCAAUACAUACACAUAGGAAAGUCGACAAGGGGGAACAAAGGGGACCGUUGUCCCGGUCACAAUUACAGAGGGGGCCCAGAAUUGGGACCCAGUUACAUUGUAGUGUAUUGAUAGGGGGGCCCUUUCAGAUGAUUUUGUCCAGGGCCCAGUCAAAGCUGUCAGCGGCCCUGCAUACACAUACUUUACGUUCAAGGAUCUCCACUUCAUUUUGGAGAAACUGACUCUUAAAUUUUUUUUUUUAAUUAAAGAGGUUUAAGGACUGUUUUUUUUUUUUUUUUUUUUUUUUUUAAAGACCUCUUUUUUAUUUUUUGGUUCAUUUCAUAAUCGCCAUGGUGAAUGUUGUUCAAGAUAUCACACCUGUUUGUUGUCAAUAAAUGGUCCAACUGUUCAACUAAUUUUACAGGUUUUUAUAGUAGUUAUUGACUUUUGUGAGUUACCCAAGUCACACCUCUCCCAUGAGUCUACGUGUAGGUACGUUUGUAAUCUAAUAUCUAACUGGACAGAGGUGGACGGUCAGGUCAGCCUGUCAGUGCUCAUACACGGCACACCACAUAGGAUUAAAUUGCUCUGCAUCACUGUAGUCCCAGAAGGAAGCCUCUUCUAAAGAUGAUGCACAAGACAACCCGUAAACAGUUGGUUAAGACAAACGGACUGAGGGCAUGGAUUAUUGGGACCAUGUCCUGUGGUCUGAGACUAAGAUUAACACAUUUGGUUGAGAUGGUUUUAAGAAUGUGUGACAGGCCUCGUACAAAGCUUCAUACGGAACCCUCGAAUGUACUAAGACUGACUUUACGACUAUGUGUGGGGAAACCUGUUUAUUGAUAUAACUGAAUAUUUUGGUGCAUAUAUAUCUUUUCAGAUUUCCACACGCAAAUAAUCAGUAAAAAAAAAGCAUGCAAAUCUUACUAAAUGAGUCCUCAGGUGAAAAGUACAAAAACAAGUGUGUUGACUGUUCCUUACAGUCAAGAUAGUGGAGGGAGUGUUGUGAUUUUUGGCAGCAUGAGUGCUGCCGACAUGGCGUUCAGUUCACUAAAAGAAACAUGAAUGUCAACAUGUACUGUGAAUCAUGAAAAGUACACAGUUGGCUGGAAGCUCAAGCAGUCUUCAGUGUGUUCAUUGGAGUUUGUUGGGUGCUCUUUGAUAUUGGGGAUCAGUUCAUGUAGAGUAGUGGUGUA